GUCGCUUGCUCAGUGGGAGGGUCUUAUCAUCUGGGAAGGCUCCAGGGUUGAAAGUGAUCCAGCGAACUUAUAGCUGUGAUGUAUGUGAGAAGAGUUUCACUCAAUCAGGAAACCUACGAAGACACCAAAGAGUACACACAGGAGAGAGACCAUAUGGCUGUCCUAUAUGCGGAAAGAGUUUCCGUAUGUCAGGAACACUGACUAGACACAAGAGAACACACACAGGAGAGAAACCAUAUGGCUGUCCUAUAUGUGGAAAGCGUUUCCGUAUGUCAGGACAAUUGACUAUACACAAGCGAACACACACUGGAGAGAAACCUUAUAGCUGCGAUCAAUGUGGGAAGAGUUUUACUCAAGCUUGUUCCCUGACUGAACACAAGCGAACACACACUGGUGUGACGUUCCACUGCUCAGGCUGUGAGAAGAGCUUCCCUACAUCAGUGAAGUUGAAACGGCACCAGCAUACACACACGGGAGGGAAACCUUAUCGCUGGGAUCAAUGUGAAAAGAGUUUUGCGAGAGCUUAUUCCCUGACUGAACACAAGCUAACACACACUGGAGAGAAACCAUAUGUCUGUGAUCAAUGUGGGAAGAGAUUUACUAACUCAGGAACACUGACUUUACAUAAGCCAACACACACUGGAGAGAAACCUCGUAGCUGUGCUAUAUACAGCUGUAAGCACUGUGAGUGGAGUUUUGCUCAUUCAGAAGACCUAGCAAGACACCACCAGAGAAAACAGAUGUGGGAGGGUAUUCAUGUCUGUGAUCAAUGUGGGAAGAGUUUUGCUAGUUCGGGAAACCUGAAUAUACACAAGCGUAUACACACAGGCGAGAAACCAUAUGUCUGUGAUCAAUGUGGGAAGAGCUUCGCUUCAUCGGGAUUCCUGACUAAACACAAGCAUAUACACACCGGAGAGAAACCUUACACUUGUGAACAGUGUGAGAAGAGAUAUGUUUCCAAAGGAGAGUUGAGAACGCACCAGCUUGUACACCCCAGAGAGAACUCUCUUUUCCUGUGUGAUCGAUGUGGGAAGAGCUUCACACACAUGGGAUCCCUGAAUGUACACAUGCGUAGGCACACAGGAGAGAAACCCUACCGCUGCGAUCAAUGUGGGAAGAGCUUUAUUCAGCCAGUAGAAUUGAAAAUGCACCAACGAGUGCACACUGGAGAGAAACCCUACAGCUGUACUCUAUGCAGGAAGAGAUUCGCUCAGUCAGGAGUGCUGACUGUACACAAGAGAACACACACUGGAGAGAAACGUUAUAAAUGUGAUAUAUGUGGGAAGAGAUUCGCUCAGUCAGGAAACCUGAAGAGUCAUCAGAAAACCCACACAGGCAGAGCGAGAACCCACACAGGCAGAGAGAGAACCAACACAGGUGGAGAGAAAAUCCCCACAGGCAGAGAGAGAAGUCAAACAGACGGAGGACUGAAUCACCUCCACACCUCCAUCCUCUCAGGCGUCCGUUCUCAUGAUCCCUCUGUAGACUCUGGGUAAACAUCACAGGAUCCCUGUAUAGACUGUGGGUAAACAUCACAGGAUCCCUCUGUUGACUCUGGGUAAACAUCACAGGAUCCCUCUGUAGACUCUGGGUAAACAUCACAGGAUCCCUCUGUAGACUCUGGGUAAACAUCACAGGAUCCCUCUGUAGACUCUGGGUAAACAUCACAGGAUCCCUCUGUAGACUCUGGGUAAACAUCACAGGAUCCCUCUGUAGACUCUGGGUAAACAUCACAGGAUCCCUCUGUAGACUCUGGGUAAACAUCACAGGAUCCCUCUGUAGACUCUGGGUAAACAUCACAGGAUCCCUGUAUUGACUCUGGGUAAACAUCACAGGAUCCCUGUAUUGACUCUGGGUAAAAUAGCCCACUUUGUAUUCCAUAUACAGUGUACAUUGCAUGGAGGCGGCAGAGUACGAAGUGCUGCUGGAUAUGUACGACACAGUCCCCCUCAAGUAAUAUUGGUUAGUGUUUUGUUACAAUACGAAUAUCCGCAAAUGGUUUUAAUGUGCAUUUGUGCCUGACCACGUCCACUGGGAAUGUUUAAUUGGUCAAUAGUGGCCAUGUUGUAAAUUACUAGCCUAGAAUAUAUUGCCUUAUGAGACUUUUGUCCAUAGCGGGACACCAUUAUCAAGUUUCCUACAGAUCAGGUCAUUCGGUUGCAGAUGAGUAACUUUUUAAGUGUUUUUCACUCAAUUCAAAAUGGCAGAAAAUCCAUCAUGGCAGCCCUUAUGGUUCUCUGAGGCAAAUGUGUUCCUUGUGAGGAGAAGUAGCUCUGCAGACUAUCUCCUGAAGUAAUUUAGCCGCGCUCUGUACAGUUGCUGUUUUCUCAAUGAACUUGUGACAUUCCUGGAUUAUUCAUUAUAUUAAUGAAGUGUGAUUCAAUCAACAAAUACAAUCAUCCGUUUUGUAAAAAAAAAGGUUAAGGGUCAAAGACUGUGUACAUAUCUGGUGGCUGUGUUGGCAAAAUCACUACACAUCCCAUCGUGUCAAGUAGGGAGAGGCUGCCCG